AUGCUUCCCAAUGAAUAUAAAUCUCGGCCUGUUAGGCCCAUGUCUGAAAUUAUUAACCCAGGUCGUUUUAUAAGCGAAGCUGAUAUUGCGGGUAACUGGUAUGAAGAUUUGCAAAAUUAUGAAAGAAACUUGGAUGAGAUGGCUUCUGCUACGCUAGAUCAAAAUUUCAAAGAAGAGAUGCAACAUGUUGACCAGUGGUAUCGUUAUUUAACAGAAGCUGAGAAAACGGCUACUAUGUAUACUUUACUUCAACAUUCAAGUCAAGUUCAAGCAAGAUUUUUUAUAAAUUUACUACAACAAAUGUUAAAAAGGGAUCCUUUAUUUUCUUUAUUAACACCUAAUAAUCCCGAUCAAGAUAUGCAAACUCAUUUAGCUGGUGCUAUGGCAAAGGCAGAACUUGAAGCAAGCCAACGUUUAAUGUCUGUGUUGCCUUAUAAGACAGGCCAAGUUAUAAGUCGACCCCCAAGUAGCAAUGUCAAUCGACGUACAGUAGAUCGUCAUUCGUUUGCAUUAGGCGAUACUGAAGAAUAUAGUCGGCUGUUUGGUACUGGCCGUACUGGUAAUGACUUAUUAAAUACAACUCGUUCGCCUUACGUAAGCUCUAUCUUGGAUGAUUCAACUGCCAAUAGUGCUAGACGAUUAAGCAGCCAAACAAGUAGUAAUAGAACGUCUGGACGUGCUAUGUUUAAUAGUAGUGGAAGACCUCACUCUGUGAUUGAAGGUGACACUAAUUCACUUUUCCCUCCCAGCUCUAUAAGCUGGAUGAAUACAAAUAAUAGCAGUAGUAGUAACAACAAUGGUGGUAAUACCAGUUUGCGUCGUCAACCUACAGCAGGUGUAGGGCAUAUUGGUGAUCGUAGUAGUAAAUUAAUAGCUGAACGUCCUAAAUCAGCUGAUAUCAGUAACUGGGCUCUUCCUACUGUCGAUCCUUUAAUUAUGGAUCGUCGUGCAAGUGGCAAUAAUAAUAAUAAUAACAAUAAUAUGAAUAACACUAAUCAUGCAAAUAACACUAAUCAUGCAACGAAUAAUGCAACUAAUAAUAAUAGCAGUAAUGGAUAUGUAUCAGUAUGGGGUACUCAGCCACAGCAGCCACAGCAGCCACAACAAUUAGAUAAUGAUUUAAUUGAUUUUACAAAUUCAAUUCAACAGCCUUUCCGAAGACGAGCUGUAGUGAACCGAAUUCCCGUUUUACCAGAGACAGAUGAGUUAGUUAGAACUUCAUUUUUAUCAGCUUCAAAUGAUACAAGCAGCAGUAGUAGUAAUAAUAACAGGGUUGAUUCCCAUUUCCGUAAACCCAACAACAGUAAUAAUAAUAACCACAGCAGCACUAAAAACAAUGGUUUAGGAGAUCAUUAUACAAAUUAUUUGAUGAAUGCUUCAAACUCGCAACCGUUUCAAGGUAUUAUUGAAAGUACUACAGCGCUUACUUUAGAUGAUCCUAUUGGUAAUAAUGGUACUGGCUAUACAAAUGACCAUAACGAUCAUCAAACCAAUAUAUCCCCUACUAAUUUCAAUAUCAGUAAUACAACAAAUAUCACUACUAACACUAUCAACUCAAGAGCUAAUAAAGAUAAAAAAGCUGUAGAAGUUGUUGAUAUGGAACUCUUGAAAGAUAUCCCUGCUUGGCUCAGGAGUCUUCGUUUACAUAAAUACAAUGCUAUCUUUAGUGACUGUAGCUGGCAAGAAAUUGUUAAAAUGUCUGAUGAAGAUUUGUUAAAGAGAGGCGUGGCAGCCCUGGGUGCUAGACGCAAAAUGCUCAAAGUUUUUGAAAAUAUUAAAGCUCAUUGUGAGAUCAAUAAUAUUCCGUAUUAA